AAAACAUCAGAUAAACCUGAUUCCGUUCCUUUAAGCAACUUUGUUGUAAUAUGAAUAUAACCAAUAAGAGGAAAACCUGCUAAUGGCUGAAGAGAAGGAUUUCAACGAUGCAUUAGACGACAUUUUUCUUGGUGAAGAGAUAGCACACAAGGAAAGUUAUGAUCAAGGUUUUAAAAUUGGAAGCGAAGCUGGAAACCCCGAAGGUUAUCAUCUAGGAUACCAUAGAGGAGCUGAGUUAGGGCGGGAACUGGGCUUUUAUCUAGGUAUAGUAACUCACCACAUCAACCUAAACUCAGAAUCUAGCACAAAAUACACAGACAAAACUAUAACACAGCUGACCAAAGUUAAAGAACUCAUUGAUAGUUUUCCAAGAACAAAUUCUGAAGAGCAUGAUAUACUGGGUAUGGCAGAGACAAUCAGAGCUCAAUAUAAGAAGGCUUGUGCAUUGUUGAAGAUAUCUUCAGCCAAUCCUUAUGAUGCAGGGGUCUCGUUCUGAGGAUUCUGAAUCACCAAUGACAUCCAAAAUCAGCAGACUUCAACAUCAUAUUAAUUCCAUCACCAAAUACUUGGCACCACUAUUACCUAUUGCCAACUGUCAUAUGGUGGAGUUCCUCACUCAAAACCAUUGGGAGAAACUUUUACCGAGCCCUUUGAGGAAAACCCUUGAAGGUUUGGAGUUAAAUCAAGCACUGGAGGAAUUCUGGACUACUGCUAGUGGUCAGAAAACUAAAGCCACCUCCCUCUCUGAUUGGAUCACCACAGCCCGUGCCCACUGCGUAGCCAUUAACAAUGACUACUGCAUAUCAGCUGAACAACUGCAGGAGCGUAUCAGGACGUGGGGCGGAGAUAUCAAGCCUGAGAUACGUGUGAAAGAGUUUAUGACCAGCAAGAAGAGUUAUGAGGUACAAACAAUGUCCCGUCUGGUAGCAUCACUGCACUCAGCUAGCAAUGCCACGUGUUGUGUGGAAGCGGGCGGCGGCCGCGGCAACUUGCCGGUGGCGCUGUGUCUCGGGUACGGCAUACCCAGCCUCACUGUAGACUGCGAUGCUGCUGCCGUGGCCGCUGCUCCAAGCAGGAUACGGAUUAUACAGAAACAAUGGCACGCCAUAGCCAAACGCAUAAAGGACGGCAACGAGGAACGCAUGAGUGACAGUAUUGACAAGAACUUGCAUAGAUUCGCCGCUGCCUUCAUUACGGAACACACGGAUUUGGCCGGCAUUGUUAAGGAAAAGUUCCCGGAAUUCGCUGAACAAGAUGUUAAGCUACUUCUUACUGGUCUGCACACAUGCGGUAACCUAGGCCCGGACAGUCUGCGUAUCUUCGCGUCACAGCCCACUACUGGCGCCGUGUUCAACGUGCCGUGCUGUUACCAUCUGCUGACUGAAACUGUUGAGGGGGAUAUGUUCGAUGUCUUCCAAAAGGAUUAUAGAAGUGAGGAGAGUAGUCAAGGGUUCCCGAUGUCGGAGUAUUUGAGAGGGUACAACAUAGGCAGAAACGGGAGGAUGUUAGCAGCUCAAUCUAUACACAGGGUUGUCAGACAACGUCAACUGCCCUCUUCCAGUUUGUUAUACAGAGCUCUGUUACAGGCAAUAAUUCAAGAGCGACUGCCAAACCACAAAAUAUCUGAAGGCAAACUCAAGAGAAUAACACCAAAAUGUCAAACAUUCCAACAGUAUUUCAAAAUGGCCGACGAGAUUUUAAAAUUAGAACUCUAUGACAGUUUACCGGACAGUUUCUUCACAGAUAUGCAUAAAAAUAUGGAUUGCCAGUGGAAAAAACUCGUGUUGUUUUAUUUAUUAAGGUUAUGCUUAGCUCAAGUAGUUGAAAGUUUGAUAUUGUUAGAUAGAUUAAUGUUUUUGUUCGAAAAUGGUUUUGAUAAUGUAUACUUGGUUAAGUUGUUUGAUCCUGUGUUGUCACCUAGAUGUCAUAGUAUCGUAGCUGUAAGAUAAUAAUAUAAUUUUCAUAUUAUAUAAUGUAUCUAUGAAUAUAAAUUAUAUUUUGUACAAUACAAUCUAUUUACGUACUGUAUCUGUAUAAGCAAAUAUUGUUACUAAUUUAGGAUUUCAAUAAUAAAAUUGAUGAAAACCUGA